CAUGUUCCGAAUCAUGAAAUCACUAAAGUAGCCUGUCAAUGUUCUUGUUUUAGGAUCAAGGCCAGGUAAUGCAUCUCGAAGACGAGGAUGAAAAUAAUCCAAGCGUUCCAAAGGAAUUCCAUCCAUGCAAAAAGAUUACAGUAGAAGUUAUCAAUAAGGUCCUGAAUGUAUCCGAAUACAUCGGGGAUUGUGACGGACAUAGAAAUCUGGUCGUUGGAGUUCGUUGCUAUGUUUCCAUGGAGAAAAAAUGGGUGCUGAAAAACUGUAAGCUAACUAUUGCGCUCGAUAACCCUAACGGUGACUUGAACAACCGUGUCAAAUGCAUCGUAAUUCCUGCUGGGAAAUGUGAAAAUGAAAUCUACUGUUCGAGAAAACCCAACGGAAGCAUGAGCGUGGUUUAUAUAAAGACAUGCAUGCGAUUAAAAGUUCUAAAUGGAAUAAGAUUGGGGGUAAAUAUAUUCAAGGAUGCCUUGAUAGCAGUUUUCCAAAGAGUUGCACAUGAUACCAUGCUGUCGUUUAGAGAUCAUCCUAGGAUAGAAGUCCGGGACCACCAAAACAAUCCUACUGAGGAUAUCGAAGUUGUGUUAUAAAGAUCCUUCAUUUUGUAUUGCACAGUCUUAAAGAACACACCAAAAAAGUAAUUUUUGACAAAAACAAUUAUUUACAAUAUAGUUCUCUUAAUUUAUGAUUAAUGAGAGCCUGUAACUCAAAUCCACCGUAGUGACUUAAAUUGCUGUGGAAGUCGGUGAUUUUAUCAAUACGACAUGCAUCAUUGCACUCGUACGGUUUCUCAAACAUGGAAUAUAGAUAUAAGGAAAACAAUGUGUAAUAUGCUAUUAAAACUUUCGUUACGUAUUUCUAACAAUAUCUUAUACGCCAGAAGUAUAUUUUACACAAAUUUCAACAAUAUGACUACUCGUAUCGUUAUUAGAAUAAGUGAGAACUGUCCAUUUUGCGAAAAAAUCGAAAAUAGCAAUAAUUGUUAAUUGAUAACUGCUUGUUCAGUUUUCAUUGUCAGUGUAACUUCAAUUGGAUACCAGAGGCCAACUCGAUUUGCACUCCUCUCCUUCUAGAAUAUAAUUUCCGGUCACUCGAUUUGUAGCUCUUCUUUUCUGAAAGAUCUUCGACCUUUUCCGUCUCGAAGCUUGAAGAUUUAUCUUCCAAGAUGACGGCGACCAUGUUUAAUAUUGUACGACAUGCGGAGUGAUGAAUUUCACUAGAGAAGGAUUUAUGGCACAUACAUGCACAGGUUUGUGUUACAGUAUUUCAGAAAAAUUAACUUCCGGUUUACUCGAUUUACAUAUAACGGAAUGCGAUCUUUUGGCCUUUUCUUCCGAGAAGGGUGCAAAUCGAGUUGGCCUCAGCAUUAAUUAACUUUUUACCUGAUUUUUUUAAAUAUUAUUUCUGUGACAAUCAUUCUGGUUAGAGAAUCAACUCUCUCGUUUUCCAGUUUUGUUUUUGUUUUUUUUUGUUUUUUUUUUAUUUCUUAUUUUCUGAGACUUAUAGUUAGGUGUUUUAUUACGUGUAUCUAGUUACCUUGAUCACUGAAGAUAUUAAUUACCAGGUAUUUGGCAGCUCCGUACCAUUCGUCCACCAUCAACCAGUAUUAACUACAGGUUACUAGUAUGUGUCAUGAGUAUUGAGUAUGAAUUGCAUGUGGUAACGUCUGAUAAAAGUCAUCUCACAAAAAAUUAAGUAUAUUUUUUUUUAAAUAUCUACAUGGAUUGUGUCAAUCAACCAUUAUAUCUUUUAUCGUCAUUUUGUUUUUUCCGUAUUUUUUUCAGAUUGUAUUUGUCUUUAUUUUAUUUAUUCUGUAACUUAGCUGAAAUCUAAAGUGUAAUUAUGGUCCUCAUUGAAAAUCUUUAGGUUUAGUGUAACACACUGAGUAGUACGUUUGUAUCAAUUUUGAAUGACCAGUCAAAGACAUAUCAUGUGCAACUGAUCGAAAAUUAGACUACCUUCUACUAAGAAAUUGUAAAGUUCACUUGCAUAUUAUGUAAAAUAUUAACGUGUUUCUCAUACUUUUUUUUCUUAUACGGCUACAAUUGGUUUGGUUUGUUUUAUUUUCUUAACGUCCUAUUAACAUCUAAGGUCAUGUAAGGACGGCCUCCCGUGCGUACAUGCAUGCGUGUGGUGAGUGCGUAUGUGUGUUUUGGGAGGCUUCGGUAUGUUCGUGUUACGUCUCCUUGAGAUAGGCCGGAGCUUUUGCCGAUUUAUAGUGCUACCUCACUGAAGCAUACUGCCGAAGACACCCAGCAGCACACCCCACC